UCCUAUUUCUUUAAUAACCAAUUGCUUAAACUUCACAUACAAUGUAUCCAUUCAACACUUACAACCUUCCAAACAACUUUGACGUUGAUUCCCUUUUCAAUCUUUUGCAUCAACAACAGUAUUACCAACAAGCCCCUAACUCCCGUCCUAGAGUCGUCAAGAAGCUUGAGACUGAAGACGAAUUCCAAAUCCAAAUUUAUAAGCCAUACGGUAACUUCAACAAUUAUGAAGUGAGAGUAGUCAAGGCUACACCACCAAUUGUCAAGGUGAUUAUUUCAUCCGCACAGGACAAGUUCAGGCAGGAGUUCCAAUUCAAUGUCAAUUACAUCGAUAUUGAAAACAUUAAUUGGCAAUGGUACAAACUGAGGAAUAUCUUGUGUUUGAACAUUCCCAAGAGAAUCCACUACGUUCAUUCCAACUUAGAAGACAUUUUGAAUUGUCUUGUUGGUAAUCAUGAACACGAGUAUCAAGGUGAACCAGAGCAGGAGCCACGUUAUUUGGACGAAGAGUCUGAUUUCGAUGAGGAAGAUGCAUGUCCAGCACAUGAAUCUGGAGCUGUUAGAAACGGGUUCAUUCCACAACAAGAUGUUGCUUCCAGAAGAGCUGCUAUUGAAAAGUCAAUUUUGGAACAGAGGCAAGCUGAUGCUGCUGCUCGUCGGGCUGAAGAAGAAGCUGAGCGUUCUAGAAGAGAAGCUGAAGAAAGAGCAAGACAAGAAGCCGAAAGAGCCAGACGAGAAGCCGAAGAAAGAGCCAGGAGAGAAGAACAAGCUAGAAGGGAAGCUGAUGAAAGAGCUAGAAGAGAAGCUGAGGAGGCCGCUAGAAGAGAAGAACAGGCUAGAAGAGAAGCACAAAGAAAGGCUGAAUUAGAAUAUAGAAGACAUAUUCAACAAGAAGCCAAGAGAAAGCACGAACAACAUCAAGCUGCUUUAAGGCAACAACAAGCCGAAAAAGCUAAAAGAAAUCAAGAUCAACUUGACUACGAUGAUUUCGCACAACAGCAACGUGAUUUUCUCAACCAAUUCUUUGGAUUUAAUUUAGGAAGGUCACCUCCUCCACAAUUCCAAUCUUCACAACCAGCCAAACCAGCAGUAUCAACGAAACCACCUAAAACCACCACAUCCAAACCAAAACCUCAAGUUGCUCCAAAACCUGAAAAUUUGAGAAAACAAUCAAUUCCAGUAAAAGUUCAUGACACUGAUGCCGACUCAAUAUCUUCAGAUCAUCAACAAGCCAAAAUUGAAGACUCACACCUUGCUGCAUUACACAAACAUCCUUCCUUAGAGGAAGUUGAAGAUGAAGAAUCAAUAAUGUUUAGGAAAAAAUUUGGUCAUUAGUUUAAUUUAUAUAUCGUUUGAUUUUUAAUUCAUAAUUUGCAAUUUGUCUCAU